AUGCCACUUGCCUUGUUCCAAGCGGUCUCUUCAAAGCCAGAGCUUCUGGUUGCGGGUCAGGUCACCGUGCCCGAGUAUGUUGAUUUGGGUACAGUUAAAUUUUUGAUUGGCUGUAUCAAUUUGUUGCCUUCUCUUCCUCGUGUGAAUGAGUUGGCGGCCACAAACGAUACGUUCCGGGACGUGUGUCUUUGCUCUGCAGCAGAUGCUCUCGGUAUGGGUACGUUCACCCAGCGUAUCUUCGACACAUACUUUAAGCGCGUAAAUUCGGUCGUGCCGAACGCUGCAAACAUCAACGCUAUCACAAGCAUCCGUACGCCGCAGGGUAACAAGCUCUUCGGCCAGAUAGCUUAUACCAUUGCGAAGAAGUUGUGGGAGAAGAACUUCGAGAAUGGCGAUGAUUUCAAGACACACUACCUACCCACUAACCCUCGUCUGGGUACUGCUAUCGACGAAUGGUUUUCUAAGUUUGAGCUCAAAGCCGCCCGCGUAGCUGACUUUGAGAAACGCGAGGGCAAAGCAGAGAAAGCAGACCGCAUCAAGCAAGAGCAUGCUAAGGAGAAGGCGGCUCGUAUCUCCUAUCGCGAGAAAAAGCCUAACGGUAUCAAGGUUUUUACCUUUGCAGAGGCCCGUUAUGCAUACAAGUACCUGGGCAUCCGUAUCCCGAUCAAGGCUGGUUAG